AUGACUAAUGACAGACUAAGCUAUUCAACAAACAGUUUUCAGGGAGCGCUUGUUGGCACUCUGGUUAUUAAAACAGUAACAGUUGAUGACAAUGGUGACUACAGGUGUAUAGCAGUAAGCAGUGGUGGACAAACACAAAGCGAUGUUGUGGCAGUUAGAGUCCAAGUUGCUCCAGAAAUUUCUGUUUCACCUGGCAAGCAUAUUGCAGUAAUUGGAGAUGAUUCAAAAGUUGAAUUUGAGCUGAUGAUUAAAAAUGCAAACAUUGUGUUUCCCGCUGUCGUCGGUGCUAACAUUGUCUGGAAGUUCACAAACCAAAUUAUUACAGCUAGCACCGCUUAUAGCUUUAGUGGAGCUAAUGAUAGAAUAUUUAUUACUGGAAAAGAGAGUUUAAGUGGUAACUACUCUGUGGAGGUGACAAAUGCUGCUGGACGUACAACAGCAGCAUUUCAACUAUCAGUAUUAGUUCCCGUAACGAUAGACCAGUUCUUAGCCAACACAACAGUUAAUGAGACAGAAAGUCUUACUCUCAACUGCAGUGCUCAUGGUGUACCUGAGCCAAACAUUGCUCUAUAUCGAGUGGUAUUAGGGUCAAAUCAGAAGCUCACGGGCUCAAUGAUAGUCUCUGGAAAAUUACUAAAUGGAGAUCCGUACAUGGCUUACAACAUAAAUUCAACUGAAGGAUUAGACAGCGGACAAUACAAGUGUAUUGCUACAAACGAUGUGCGGCGGUCAGAAACAGCCAUUUCAGAUCAGAGAACCAGUGAAAGCUCAGUGAUUAUUACUGUCAAUGUUGCUGCAAGAAUUGAUAUUCCAUCACGACCAUUAUCAAUUUCUGUUGUCAGGAAUAGGUCCUUGGCUCUUCAUUGUUCAGCAACAGGCACUCCUACUCCCACAUACAGCUGGAUUCAUGACAGUCAAUCUGUUGAU